AUGGAAGCAGAGAGACAAUACGAACCUUGCCAAGUUUGUCAGGAUUCUGCAUCAACUCGACAUCAUUUCGGAAUAACUUCAUGUACAGCAUGUGCUUCAUUCUUCAGAAGAACAACUAUGAAUCAAUUCACAUGUAAUUUGGAUAAUAAUUGUUCAGUUUCUUACAAAAAGAAAUGGGUGUGCCGAGCCUGUAGGUAUAACAAUUGCAUUAGAGCAGGAAUGUCCAAAGAUUACAUUCGAAGAGGAAACGUUGACGAGACAAAAAAUAGAAAAACGUUUCGAAAAAGGACAAUCCGGAACUCAAUUAGAAGAAACAAGAGCUCUCUGAAUCGGAUAAGUGAACCUGUGAAAAUGGAUCAAAACUCUACAUCAAGAUCAAGCACAAGCUCUUCAAUAAAACAUUCUUCUGAUACUUCAACUGAAUUUAGCAAAAUUUUACAUUUGAGUAACGACGAGUUACUUCAAUUUUAUUUGAAAGAAGUUGAGAGAACUAUGGUUCAAAAACAACGUGGAUUGGCAAAAAAUGCCCUACUUGCUGAAUCAAUGAAUGAAUUAAUGAUAAUCUCUGCAUAUCAAAAUGGAUUAUCAAUGGAAUCAUGUAUGCAUUGUCCAGGAGUUAAUUCUUUGGAAAAGGAAGACGUUCAAACUUUACUGAAAUAUUUUCAAUUUGCAAAUGUUUGGAUGGAUUCAGUCAGAGCAUAUUCAAUGUCAAAUGUAGAUAUUUAUGAAACAACUCCUAAAGACAAAAGACUAUCAGAAUAUAUUCAACAAGUGAAAUUAACUCUUGGAUCCUCAUUUUCCCAAUUGAAAUUAAAUCUUUAUGAAUUCGCAGCUCUCAAAUCAUAUUGCAUCUGGAAUAUGGGAUUCUUUGAGACAAGUAUUGCUAUGAAAAUUAUAGCAAGAGAGCAUUAUAUUGGAGUUACCGCUGCACUCAGAAAUUAUUAUAGAACUCAAACAAAAAUGAGUGAUAUGGACAUUGCAAUUCGAAUUGGUGACAUCACAUUGCAAAUUAUCACUGUAUCUAAUAUGUUCCACGAUAUGGCUAAAUUAUCUUACCAAUGUGGACUGACAUUUUGA